AUGCAAUCAUCUUCAGACAAUAAAGCAACAUGUGACAAUAAACAGCUACUUUCUGAAAGACUACAAGUGUCUGGCCUCAAACUAAGAGGGACAACACCUCCUGACGGGAACUGUCUCUUUCAUGCUGUAUCAGACCAGCUUCAAAGAGUAGGAGCCAAACAAAAGUACAACUACAGGGAACUACGAGCUCUCACAGUGAAGCACCUUACAAAUUGUCCAUUUACUGAUUCAAAUGGUCAACCACUGGACAUGAGCCACUUUGUCACUGGUGGGGACUGGUGUCAAUAUUUGGCCACUCUAAAAAAGGAUGGAUCAUGGGGAGACCACAUUACAGUACUAGCACUGGCAACAGUGUUGUCUUACGACAUAAGAAUAGUCAGUAGUGCAUCUGGCACUGCUGAUUGCUUUGAUGUUGUCAUCGAACCAAACAAUCAUGCAGCUGUCCAUGAUAUGCCAUUGCUUCUUGCCCAUUAUGCAGAAAAUCAUUAUGAGAGCCUGGACAUCAUAGAAAAAGGUAACACAGAUGUUGACAACAGGCAUUCAGUAUCAAUAUCUACAGAUACAAUGGGUAGCCUAGUGAACAUACCUGCCAUUCAAACAUUUGAAGUUCUAGAAAAUAGCAAUAUUGAAAGUCCUCCAAGUGACCAGAAACAUGAUUUAUUUUUUCACUUAACCAGACAGGACAAGCUGGACAUUGAGCACAUGAUGAGCACCACAUUCCAAAGAAUUGAUGAUGACACACCAUUCAUGUAUUCAGUCACCGGAGAAGUAAAGUUUCGUGACCUUUUAAGACUUCAACCAAACCGUUGGUUAAAUGACACUCUCAUUAAUGCUCUCUCAAAUUUAUGGGAGACUGAUGCACAGCAAAAGGGCAAAUUUGUCAAAGCAUUGAGCACUUACUUCUUUGUCAAGAUUGCUAACCAGGGUCCCCAAUCAGUCACAAGAUGGACUAAAAGACACUUUAUUCUGAAAUGCCCACCACAAAGGUAUAGCCAAUACUGCAUAUGCAGACUUUGGAGGCAAUAGAUCAUCUACAAGCUGUAUGUGAUCACAA